CUUUCAAAUCACUGCUCUGUUGUGUAAUUCCUUUUACGCACCACUCAGUGUUUUCAACAGCUCCCUCUGCUGGCCUCUCCCUCCUCAUCACCUGCACUGGGUGGUUCCGCCGGGGGACAGCUGUGCUCUGAUUGGCUACUCCAGGAGGAGGCUGCCAUGACACACUGGAUGCUGCACAGAAUCAUUUCCACAGCAUCAGCAGGCAGUGGUCCUCCAUCCUCCUCAUUAUCCUCCUCCUCUCUCAUUUUCUCUUUUCUUCUCCUUUGCCUCUCCUCCUCUCACCACCACCCCUGGCUCUCUCUUUUCUCUCUCCCUGCUCCCCUCCUUCCGACAGACACGUGAGCCUGCUCGGGCACACUGCAGCAGAGGACGCACACACACCAGGAAGGAUAGCAGCAGCAGCAGGCGAACUGAUUUUCCUCCAUCCACUUCACAUUUUCAUCAUCAAUAUACUCUUUUAUAUCCUGCGCAUCUAUUUCCCCCCUCUUGCUCCUUUUUCCCCCUUUUUUCUCAAACUCCUCUUUUUCUCCUCCCUCUCCACUCCAUCUCCAACUCGCGCUUGGUCUCCUUCCGGCCGGCUGUUUUCCCAGGAUGCCUUGUUCCAGUCCGCUUCGCUAGGCCCGAGCAGCAUGGGCGGAGCCUGGGUGGGGAGAGAGAGCACGGAUUGGACCCUUCCCCUCAGGACGGGCGCGCUGGCGGGUCACCCUCCCUCAGCUUCAGAUGGGCGAGGACGCUGAGAGCCCCAAAAUCAACCACACCUUCCUGCGAGACUACGUCACUGAAGCUGAUGUCAUCUCUACGGUGGAGUUUAACCAGACAGGGGACCUGCUGGCCACGGGGGAUAAAGGUGGCCGAGUGGUCAUCUUCCAGAGAGAGACCGAGUCUAAAGGGGAGUACGAGGAGGCAGGGGAGACGGGGGACUCUGGGGAAUACAAUGUCUACAGCACGUUCCAGAGCCACGAGCCAGACUUUGACUACCUGAAGAGUCUGGAGAUUGAGGAGAAAAUUAACAAGAUCAGAUGGCUGCCACAGCAGAACGCAGCACAUUUCCUCCUUUCCACCAAUGAUAAGACCAUUAAACUGUGGAAGGUGAGUGAGAGAGACAAGAGACCAGAGGGAUACAACCUGAAAGAUGAGGAGGGACGGAUCAAGGACAUCUCGACCAUCACCUCUCUGCAGGUGCCAGUGCUGAAACCUACAGAUCUGAUGGUAGAGGUCCGUCCCCGACGAGUGUUCUCCAAUGGACACACCUACCAUGUCAACUCUAUCUCUGUCAACAGCGAUGGGGAGACGUACCUGUCUGCGGAUGACCUCCGCAUCAAUAUGUGGCACCUGGGCAUCACGGACCGCAGCUUCAACAUUGUGGACAUCAAACCAGCCAACAUGGAGGAUCUGACGGAGGUGAUAACAUCAGCAGAGUUCCACCCUCACCACUGCCACUUGUUUGUGUACAGCAGCAGCAAGGGAACCCUGCGCCUCUGUGACAUGAGAGCCUCUGCUCUCUGUGACAAGCAUACCAAACUGUUUGAGGAACCUGAGGAUCCAGGGAGCCGGUCCUUUUUCUCAGAGAUCAUAUCUUCUGUGUCAGACGUGAAGUUCAGCCACAACGGACGUUAUCUGCUGACCAGAGACUACCUCACCGCCAAGGUGUGGGACCUGCACAUGGACAAGGGCCCAGUGGAGACGUACCAGGUCCACGAAUACCUAAGGAGUAAGCUUUGUUCCCUCUAUGAAAAUGACUGCAUCUUCGACAAGUUUGAGUGUGUUUGGAACAGCUCAGACAGCGUGAUCAUGACAGGGGCGUACAACAGCUUCUUCCGGAUGUUCGACAGGGAGACGGGCCGAGGUGUCACCCUGGAGGCGUGGCGGGAAAGCAGCAAGCCUCGGGCUGUGCUGCGGACCCGGCGGGUCUAUACCGGCGGUAAGCGCCGCCGUGGAGAUGUAGGCGUCGAUAGUCUGGACUUCUCAAAGAAAAUCCUGCACAUGGCUUGGCACCCAUCUGAGAACAUCAUUGCCAUCGCGGCCACCAACAACCUGUAUAUCUUCCAGGAUCGCGUCAACCCCGAGACGCAUGUGCCGUGACGGGGAGGGGAACAUGGACAGCGGCAGAAACAGUAACGGAGACUCAAUCACAUUGGAAUGAGAAGAUUAAGUCCAAGCCAAGCCGUUUCACAACAUACCGAUAUGCAACAUCUGUUUGUUCUGAUAAAAGAUUAAUUAUAAAAUGACAAGACUCGUAAGUUUUUGGAUCCACAAAGGUGUAUAAUCCUUUUUUUCCCUCAACACUGAGACAAACCGAUUCCUCCACUACCCAUCAGGACGUGUUUUUGGUCCCACUUAACUCCCACUUUUUUGAAGAUCUUUCUGUAACUGCCCCACUGUAGGGGCAGUAAAAGAGGUGCAGGGACACCUCUCCACAUGUAGUGACCCAUUGCUGUUAACCACACAAUGUUGUACUCCUCGCUGAUGUGCUCUGGUACUGUUUGACAUAAAACUGAAAAUAUGUGCUGGGUACCAACGAAUGACGCUACAAAACCCAAAGGUCUUGCAUUGAUGUGGCCGUGAACUUUGCCAUCAGUGCAUCUGAUACAUUUUUCACAAUUGUGUAAGAUUAGGAUCGGUGUUAUUGUACAGCUCUUCACAACAACAUCCUGAAACAUUUUUUUUUUCUAUUGAAUGACAACCUCUCCAUUUAGAGCAGUGCUCUUGGAGAUUGCACGCAUACCUGACCCUUAAUCUUUGCCCUUGUUCACUUUGCAAUAAUAGCGCUAACAAAAACACAGUGCAGCAGUAUUCCUGCUUUAAGACACGAGUUCUUCUCCUACAGGUCACACCAAUGUAUACACUCUUUUUACUGUUAGUUGUAAAUAUUCUAUUCUUUUUUUAAGUCAGUACCAACUUUGGCUUAGCUUUUUUUCAUUUGCUAGAAAGGUUGUCAGAGUCUCUCUGCUAAAAGUCAAGACUUGAUGUAGGAGAUUGUAGCACUACAUACGCAAGUAUUGCUGACCAUAAAGAAGGAGGGAAUUGUGCACAAAUCAACACGUAGUGUUUUGUUGUGUAUAUUAAGCCGGUGACGGGUUUUGACCGCUGUAUCAAGGUCUCUGAAUUGUUUUUGGAGACUGCGUGACAGCGCUGAGCCCUCUACCAUAUGCUCAAAUUGAAGCUGAUUGGUGAUUAAAUAUAAAAUACAUUCAAUUAGAUUUAAUUGCGUUAUGCUAAUUUAAAAUGGGCAAAGUGUUCGUUCUAUAAUGCAUACGCACAUUUGGCGAGGGCUCUUACAAUCAAGAAAAAGUUGGAAUCGAAGCACAUGAAUGAGGCCGCUGAUUCAGCUAAUCAACGUUUUGAUGACUACGGUCGUGUCCUGUGUGUUAGAGGGUCAGAUGUCAUCAUCCGUGCAUUAUGUACAUCGCUGAAAUGUCUUUACCAUUGAAACAAUAAUGUCAUGUGAAUUUACCAUGCUUCCCAGCUUCAUAUUGUCAUUAUACUGUAUACCUCACAGUGCCACAUGCUACUCCGGCCUUUCGACACUGAAAGCCCGGCAUGUACAGCAGUAAGGUGAUGUCUGUGUUGGACUGGGUUCUGCGACCUGGUCAAGAUUUUAUUGUUUACAGUGAAGUGCAUUGUUUUCAAGUGACCGUGGCCCUGAUGGGAUUAAAGUCAGUGGUCUGGAUGUGUACUGCAGCAGGUGGAGUAAAAGAAUCAGUGCAGAAGCUGGAAGUGUUGUUGCACUGCCAACCACUCUGUUUGAUAGAAUAACAACAGUUCACUGUGUUCACCUGAAAAGCCCAAGGAAAGAAGACAAUUCUUAAGGUCUGUUUCCUCCUCACGAUAACCGCUGUUGGUAACAAAAAACACUAUUCACAGAUGUUUAAAUUGCAGCCUGUGGGAUGGGGGGGUCUCUUAUGGUCCCUCCUACUAUGUUUCGGUCUUCACUGUUCAUUUGUGUUGUUGAAUGCACACAUGGUGUUUCAGUGAUUUGGUUUAAGAAACACUGGAUAUCCAAGAUGAUGACAACCCACAUGAAAAGUGGUUUACAUAACGACAGACCACCUAAAGUAUUAUACGAGUUCCUGAGAUGUAGUUUAGAGCAAGUCAGUUGUAAUCGCAUCAUAACAAUCACCUCAUACAACCAGUGAGAGGAUUUUCUGGAGCACAGCAGCAGCAGCAUGUUGCCAUUACUCAAUGCUACUAGCGUGUAUAUUUAUCAUACUUUAAAAUAGACAAAUCUAACCAUACAAAAGCAUAACUCAAGCGCGAUAAAUGGAAGGAAUGUGCACUAAUAAAAUACAAGAAAAUCUGACAACAAAACGUGUUGGAUCCUUUCAUGUCUGCGUCUGCAUUGAAUCGGGACACCAUUUGUUCUCAUCGCUGAAAUGCUUUCAGUCAAACCACCCGCAAGAGAUUUUGUUCCAACGUCAAGCACUUUAAUUAAUAAUAAUAAUUUCACACAACCCUACACUCCAUCACUAGAUUAAAAGGCACUCAAAUGCACAGUGCACAGGCUCAACCUCAAUGAUUCUCAUUCACAAGUGCAGUUGCAACUUCGUAGUGUUCACAUAUGUGGGUUUUCACGUGUUAACAUGUUGUCAGUGCUGUCCUGUGAACACCACAUAUAUAAAAAAAACUGUCCCAUCUC